AGAUUGUCUUGAAGUAUGCUUUGAGAAAGAGAAGAAACAUUAAGCAAGAUAGGUGGGAUAAGACAAAAGUCUCAUAUGUGUGUGGCAUUGGUGGGAAGUGUAAAUGGUGGAUUUAUUGCUCCUAUGAUAUUGCAAGUCAGAAAUGGUUGUUGAAGACGAAGUAUAGGUAUCAUAGUUGCACUCCAGAUGGAAAAUGAAAGUUGUUGAAAAGUCCGGUGAUUGCAAGACUAUUUUUAGAUAAGGUGAGACAAAAAGCGGAUUUGAUGCCCGAGGAGAUUCAACAGAUUAUAAAGGAGAAGUGGAAAAUAGUCAGUACACAGAAUCAGUGCCAAAGAGGCAGACUUUUAGCUCUGAAAUGGCUUGAGAAAGAGUAUGAGGAGCAAUUUGCUCAUCUUCGAGGAUACGCACAGGAGAUCAUGGUGACAAAUCCGGGUUCGACAGCCAUUGUAGACACAUUUAAAAACAAAGCAGGGGAAGAUGUUUUCAACGGUUUUUAUGUCUGCUUUGGGGUUCUUCGGGACACUUGGAGAGGAUAUUGUAGGCCAAUUAUCGAACUUGAUGGUACUUUCUUGAAGAGAGCUGUGAAAGGGGUGUUGCUAACUGCUGUUGGACAUGAUACCAACAAUCAAAUCUACCCGAUUGCUUGGGCCGUUGUUCAAUCUGAGACAACUGAUAGUUGGUUAUGGUUUAUCAAGAAAAUAAAACAUGACUUAGUUCUGCAAGAUUGGAAUAGGUUUGUCAUCAUUUCAGAUAGAUCAAAGGGACUGAAAAGUGCCAUGGAGUCAGAGUUACCGAAUGCUGAGCAUAGAAAGUGUGUGAAACACAUUGCGGAGAAUGUGAAAAAGAAUCAUGCCAAGAAAGACUUGCUGAAACCGAGGAUAUGGGAUAUUGCUCGGAGCUAUACAAAGUCAGAAUUUGACUAUAAUGUCAAGAAGUUACAAGCAUACGAUUUGGCCUUGUACAAUGAUGUUAUGAAGGAGCUGCCGAAAACUUGGUCUCGACCUUUUUACAAGCUUAGAAGCUGCUGUGAAAACGUUGACAACAACGCGACAGAAUCCUUUAACUCCACUAUCACAAAAUCUAGAACAAAAUCAAUGGUCCCAAUGCUUGAGAUGAUAAGGAGGCAAGCAAUGGAACGCAUCGCCAAAAGACACAUCACAUCUAUGAAACAUGAAGGGGUCUGUUCAAAGUAUGUAGCUAAACUGCUUGCAGAGGAGAAGAAGAUCGCAGAUGAAUGUGUGACGACACCUGCAACCCGUGGAGUCUUUGAGGUCUCUGUUGACAAUGAUAGACAUAAUGUCAACACAAUAAGGCAUACAUGUUCAUGCGGAAAAUGGCAAAUAAGUGGAGUUCCGUGUGAACACGCUUAUGGAGCAAUGAUUGAUAAAGGUUUGAAAGUUGAUGAUUAUGUCUCAAACUUCUUCUCUACCAUGAUGUGGCAAUAUAUUUACAACACCAAUCUAGAACCUGUUAGAGGACCACGAGUAUGGAUGAAGUCGGGUUUAGGAUUGAUAGUUGCUCCUCCUGAGCCUGAUCAACCAGGUAGAAAGAAGAAGAAGAAGCAAAAGAAGUUUCCUAGAAUAAAAAGCAAAUUUGAAUCACCAAAAAAGAAGAAGAAGAAGAGGGAAGCGGAGAAGCUUGGAAGGGCUGGUCGGACAGUCCAUUGUGGUUCAUGCGGUGAGGCAGCCAUAACGCACUUGGUUGCAAAGUCCAUCCAAAGAAAAAGAUGAAGAAGACACACCAAACCGUGGAAGAGGGCACUUCUUCUCAUGUCCAUGAAGAAAUCAGACUUACACAACCUACUCAAUCUACUCAAGCUCAAGACUAGUGGAUUUCUGUUGCUUUUGUUGUUGUUGCUUUUGUUGCUCAACCUUUGACGUUUUACUAUGUUUCAACUUUCAAUCGUUUUCUUUGUUUUGUGACUUUUGUUGUAGUGCUCAA